ACUGUAGAAGGAAAGUAACAGAGCAUUUGGACAGUCAAUGUUUCACUGAUUUCAGACGUGCCUGUCACAGACCUCAGCCAGCAGAGCUUGACUGGAAGAACAAAAGGGAGCUAGCAGAAAGCUGGUCUCAGACUUCCUUACAGCUGCUGCACUCAGAGAAAGAAAAGAAUCUGAACAGGGAGGGCUAGAGAGAAAAGAAGGGGAAACGUCCCUGAAGAAAGUUCCUACAAUGGAAGAAGCGGGAAAUAAUGGGACAUUGGAUCCUGUCUGUUCUGCAAAUGAACGUCCAUACUCCCAAGUAAUAUUAGAAAGCCUUGAUUUGACAGGAAUGUUGCUCUUUGCUAUCCUGACUUUAAUGACACUGACUGCUGACCUGGUAUUUGUGGAGGAAGUCUUCUAUAUCUACCGUAAAAUCCCACCCUCCAAAAGAUCCAUUUUUAUUUGGAUAAAUGCAGCUGCUCCAGUGAUUGCCACUACGUCAUGUAUUGGGAUGUGGAUUCCUCGCUCAACAAUGUUUACAGAUUUUACUGCAGCAGUAUUUUUUGCUAUCGUCAUCCACAAGUUCCUGCUCAUGAUGAUUAAAGAAUGUGGGGGUCAAAAACAAUUCCUCAGGCACUUUGAGAAUGACCACUUCAAGAUAAGUACAGGCCCUUGCUGCUGCUGUUGUCUUUGCCUCCCACAUAUACGCAUCAAUAGGCGAACACUAUUUUUACUGAAGCUGGGGACUUUCCAGUUUGCAUUCCUCCGCCCUGUGCUAAUGUUUCUAUCAAUAGUACUUUGGACCAAUGGAAACUACAGUCCCUCUGAUUUAUCUCCCAACGGAGCUGCCAUAUGGAUUAACUGCUUCAUAGGUGUCCUUACUAUCAUUGCCCUGUGGCCAAUUGGAAUCAUGUUUCAACGAGUCCGCGCUCUCCUUAACUGCAAGAAGAUUAUCCCUAAAUUUGCACUUUAUCAGUUUGCCCUCAUUUUGAGUCAGCUCCAGGCAACCAUCAUCAACAUACUGGCUAUGGAAGGGGUAAUUGCUUGUGUGCCUCCACUUUCUUCUUCAGCAAGAGGAGCAUAUAUGGACCAACAGCUGCUCAUUAUGGAAAUGUUUCUCAUAACUCUGAUCUCACGAGUCGUCUACAGGAAAAGAAACGAUGACCUGGAGCUUCCAGUGGUUUCAGACCAGGAAACUAAGGGAAACAAACAGGACAGCAGGAUCAGUGUGGAGGGCAACAUUUUUUAAAAGUAAGCACCAGUAAUUUAAGGGCUGAUCAGAUAUUAACUGGGACAGCCAAGAUUCUGACCAAUACAUUUUCCAUGGCAAUGUAAUAUUGACACUAGCGGAAUAAAUCCACAUGAGCCGGGCAUUCAGGGCUGGGAAGUGGGUGUCCAGAACUAAACUGAUGCAUUGCACAUUAGCUAAAGGAAUCAUCCAGUGGUGUCAUGUUAUGCUUUGACAUGAGGACUAUUAUAAGGAGAGCUCACAAGUGCCAACUUUAGCUAACUUUCCAUUGUGCUUUCCCAUAAUCGUCUGGUGUUGUAAAAAAGGAAAAGAAAAAAGUCUGUGAUAAGUCUAGCUAUUACUCAUGAUGGUUAAAGCUAAUUGAGCUUUAAAAUGUAGAAGAGUAAAACAAAAAUUGGACUGGAGAACGACUUAUCUCCAAGUAGCAUGGUUUCAUUUUUACACAGGUGUCAUAAAACGAUGUUGCUUAAUCUGCCGGAAAAUCGUGCAUUUUAUGGAGCCUUGUUCCAAAUUCCAAGCUGUUGCAUUAGAAAUAAGAAAAACAAAAACGUAUUUUCUGUUGCCUUUAUGAUGGGUAGAAGUAAUGAUUAAGACUAUCUCAACAACUGUCAUCCAAGUUUUACUACACACUGAUCCUGAUCCUGUAGUUGUGCAUUGCUAUGGUGGUGCACAGAAUGGCAUGUGACUAAUACUGGAUGCCGAAGCAGCACUAGGAUGUGGCAGAGAAUAGGCAAGGAAAAAGAAGGGGCCAGGAGGUCAUCAUCCCCUUCUUAGGUGUCACCAAUGCUAUGAGGAGGAGCAGGAGAGUAAGCCAAAGAGCUGAGAACAGGCAGAGUUGCCCUAGGACAAAUAUCAGUUUAUUGAACUGUGCUUAGUAUCUAUAUCUUUGAGUGUACAUGCAUACAGUACAUGCAUCAUAGUUUAAGUUCCUUUGUUCUUGGUUCCGUUUUGCUAGCCAGUAACAUGGGAAAACCAAAAGUCUCACAAAUUCUAGGGCUUCAAAGAACAUGCAAGGAACAGAGAGUGUGCAUGAGUGUGCUAGUUCUGGUUCCCCAAUUUCCAUGUUGCAUUCUGCAUCAU